AUCCCAGCCCACGCACAGACCCCCAACUUGCGGCUGCCCACCUCGCCCACAACUCUGGCCUCUUACUCACUCUCUACCAUAGCCAUGGCUCAGUCGCUGGCUCUGAGCCUCCUUAUCGUGGUUCUGGCCUUUGGCAUCCCCAGGACCCAAGGCAGUGAUGGAGGGGCUCAGGACUGUUGCCUCAGGUACAGCCUAAGGAAGAUUCCCGCCAAGGUUGUACGCGGCUACCGAAAACAGGAACCAAGCUUAGGCUGCUCCAUCCCAGCUAUCCUAUUCUUGCCCCGCAAGCUCUCGCAGCCAGAGCUAUGUGCAGACCCGAAGAAGCCCUGGGUGCAGCAGCUGAUGCAGCAUCUGGACAAGACACCAGCCCCACGGAAACCAUCCCAGAACUGCAGGAAGGACAGGGGGACCCCCAAGGCUGGCAAGAAGGGAAAGGGCUCCAAAGGCUGCAAGAGGACUGAGCAGUCACAGACCCCUAAAGGGCCACAGCCCAAUGAGCAGCCUGGAGCCCUAGAUACCCAACCAGCCUCACCAGGGUUUGAAGCCUGAACCCAAGAGGCAAGAAGGAGGCUAUGCUCAAGGGCCCCAGAGCAGCCACUCCAUGCUAGCCUUGCCACACUCUUUCUCCUGCUUCAACAACCCCAUCUGCAUUCCUAGCUCUACCUGCAUGGCUACAUUCCCAGCUGUACCCACACCAGGCCAGGCCCAGAGAGGCCGAGGAGGGAGAGUCUCCCAGGGAGCAUGAGAGGAGGCAGCAGGACUGUCCCCUCGAAGGAGAAUCACUGGGACACUGGACCUGAUCCUGCUCCCCCAGUGCACCCCGCCUCUUCCUUGUAAAUACGACUUAUACCAAACUGAAUAAAAAGCUGUUCUGGCCUCCCAC